UAAACUUCGGCCCGAUCCGAUCCGACCCGCCCCGGGUCGGCUCCACCCGACCCAGCAUCGCAUGUUCCCCUUUCUCGUUUCCAGAUCCAUUCCAAGACCUGAACUAGAUCUCUUCUUCUUCUUCUUCGUUCGUCUUCCUCCAAGACAGGGUUGGGCAGUCGUCGUCGUCGUCUUAUCGUUCUUCAGUUUCUUCAUCGGAGGCUUUGUAAUUACAACAGUGGGUUCUACAACAAUGUCUGCCGCUACCAACCAAAACCACCUUGGUGCUGGUGGUGUCCCUUGGAAUCAAGAUGCUGAAUCUUUGUUUCGGAUGAAACCUAUCUCGGAGAUCCGCAAUGUUGAGGCAACCACCAGGAAGCAAAUUGAGGAGAAGAGUGAGGAGCUCCGUCAAUUGAUUGGAAACCGAUACCGUGAUCUCAUUGACUCUGCUGAUUCCAUCAUGCUCAUGAAGUCAUCAUGCGAAUCCAUCUCUGCAAAUAUCUCUGCCAUCCACCAUGCCAUUCUCCACUCUCUCUCUUCGCCAGACGUUCCGAGGACCCCUUGUGUCCCUUCCAGCGUUGUGGGUUCCCACAUAUAUGGAAUUGCCUGCCGUGUCAAGUAUCUGGUUGACACCCCGGAAAACAUUUGGGGCUGCCUUGAUGAAUCCAUGUUCCUUGAGUCCUCUGCUCGCUACAUUCGUGCAAAGCAUGUGCAUUACAACUUGCUCAACUGCAGUGAUAGCAAAAAUGUGCUCUCUAAUUUCCCUUUAUUGCAGCACCAGUGGCAAAUAGUGGAAGGUUUCAAGGUCCAGAUCUCACAGAGGAGUCGCGAGAGAUUGUUGGAUCAGACCAUUAAUCUUGGAAUCAGUGCCUAUGCCGAUGCAUUGGCAGCUAUUGCCAUCAUAGACGAACUGGAACCAAGAAAUGUUUUAUCCUUGUUUAUAGAUUCCAGAAAAUCAAUUAUUCUGCAAAAGUUAAGUUCUUGCUGCCAUGAUGCCAAUGCUGAUAGUUCUGAAGUAAUUUCUGUCUUCUGUGAUGUUUUAAAGAUAAUUCAAAUCACUAUCUGUCAAGUGGGGGAGCUGUUCUUGCAGGUAUUAACUGACAUGCCUCUGUUUUACAAAACUGUUUUCGACACUCCUCCUGCUUCUCAAUUGUUUGGGGGCAUACCAAACCCUGAUGAGGAAGUGAAGCAGUGGAAUUCAUUCAAAGACAAGUUGGAAUCUGAUAUGGUAUUGCUAGAUCGUGAUUUUAUUUCCAAGACUUGUUCUGAUUGGUUAAGGAACUGUGGAAAGGAUAUUAUGAGCAAGAUUAGUGGUAGGUAUUUGAUUGAUGUUGUUGGCAGUGGGUAUGAGCUUGCUCUAGCUGAGAAGUCAAUAAGGGAAACCACGGAUAGUAAACAUGUUUUAGAAGGUAGUUUGGAGUGGCUGAAGAGUGUUUUUGGUUCUGAGAUUGAGUUACCUUGGAAAAGAACACGCGAGCUUGUAUUAGGUGAAGAUUCAGAUAUAUGGGAUGAUAUCUUUGAAGAUGCCUUUGUUAGAAGGAUGAAGGGAAUUAUAAACUUGAAAUUUGAAGAAUUAGGUGGAGUUGUUGAUGUGGUACAGUCAGUUCAAUCAAUAGCAAAAACGGCUGGUGAUCAUACCAAUUCUGAAGAUCUUCUGAGCAGAUUUCAGACUGGUGGUGUUUGGUUUGUGCAGCCACCUGGUAAAAAGCCGGGCUCCAUUUCUAGCUUAAAAUCACACCAGAUGCAAGAAAAUGAUUUCAUUAGCUGUCUUGGCACUUACUUUGGUCCGGAAAUUAGGCGAAUUAAAGAUUCUGUGGACAAUUGCUGUCAGAAUAUCCUCAUUGAUCUCCUCCAUUUCCUCGAGUCUCCCAAUGCCCCACGUAGGUUAAAGGAUUUGGGACCAUACGUUCAAAACCGGUGUUACGAAAGUAUGUCAUUAAUUUUGACACAAAUAAAGGAUGAGCUUGACCAUCUACAUAAAGAGCUAGAAAACAAAACUAAAGAUGAUACCUUGGCACUUCCUCCAGCUAUACUUGUUGAAAGAUCAUUAUUUAUUGGUAGACUUCUCUUUGCAUUUCAGAAGCAUGCCAAGCACAUACCUGUGAUACUCGGUUCACCUAGAUCAUGGGCGAAUGAAGUUGUGAGUAGCACUAAUAUUCCAUCCUCAGUUGUGUUGAAGCAUACCCGAAAUGUCACUGACUCACCAAUGGUUGAUAGCCCAGUUAGACGAAUACCUGAUUCCAGCAGGAAACAAAGCUCUCUAUUUACUACUGCUCUAUUUGGAGUGGAUGACAAGUUAAGUCCACAACUUGAGGAACUAAGACAGACAACCCAAGAGCUUUAUAUCAGAGCAUACAGUCUUUGGAUUUCUUGGGUUUCGGAUGAACUUUCAAAUAUGCUCUCUGCAAAUCUGAAACAGGAUGAUGCAUUGUCAUCAACAGCUCCUGUCAGAGGUUGGGAGGAGACAGUAGUUAAGCAGCAAGAUCAGGCAAAUGAAAGCCCGUCAGAGAUGAAGAUAUCUCUUCCAUCUAUGCCUUCUCUGUAUGUGACUUCAUUUUUAUUUUAUGCAUGUGAAGAGAUCCAUCGUGUUGGUGGCCAUGUACUUGAUAAAUCAAUUUUGCAGAAUUUUGCAGCAAGGCUUUUUGAUAAGGUUGUUGGAAUAUAUGGAGGUUUUCUGUCAACUGAUGAAAGUCAUGCAUCUAAAGCAUCGGAGAAAGGUGUCCUGCAAAUUUUAUUUGAUUUGAAAUUUGCUGCUGAUAUUCUUUCUGGAGGUAAUGCUAAUGUGAACGAUGAAUUAUCGGAGGUUCCGAAUGUGAAAUCUUCUUAUAGAAGGAAACCAAAAGCACAACAACCUAAAUCUAUUGUAGAUGAGCGAAUUAAACAGUUGUUAAAUCGCCUUUCACAACGGUUGGAUCCCAUAGAUUGGCUCACGUAUGAACCAUACUUGUGGGAGAAUGAGCGGCAAGCAUGCCUUAGACAUGGUGUUCUCUUUGGGUUCUUUGUGCAACUCAAUAGAACACAUAAGGACACCGUUCAGAAGCUGCCCACCAAUUCUGAAUCAAAUAUUAUGCGCUGCUCCACAGUACCACGUUUUAAAUAUCUUCCCAUCAGUGCUCCAGCAUUGUCCGUGAAGAAUGCAGCCAGGACAUCAGCAUCAUCUUUGGAUGAUGUUUAUUCAAGGAAUACAUGGAAGAGUUAUGCAGCUGAUGAGAUAACUCGAAAUUCUAAUGUUGAUGAGGACUCUAGUUUAGGGGUGGCUGCACCAUUUUUGAAGUCCUUUAUGCAGGUUGGAAGCAGAUUUGGGGAGAGCACCCUGAAGCUAGGAUCAAUAUUAACAGAUGGGCAAGUAGGAAGGUUUGGUGACAUAUUACCUGUACAAGCAGCUGGUCUCCUUUCAUCCUUCACAGCUGGCAGAUCAGAUUCUUGACAAAUGCAGCUAUUACUCUGGAAUACUCCUAGAUACCAUAGUUUCAUAUUUCCUCUUUCUCCUCACGAGGCAACAUGACACCUGAUAAAUGAAGUCAUAUUCUUUGGUGCUGGAAUACCUAUGUUGAAUGAGAUGCCCUUCCUCACCUCACCUCACCUCACCUCACUCUGGCUAUGUGCUACCAUUAUGAAUCUUAUGAUACAGUGCUUUUGUGCAUUAUAGUCUUUUCAGGUCAUACAUUAUUGAGUCUAUACCAACCUGAGCCCCAGCGGUGUGUAAGAUGUGGCUGUUUAUGGGAACAUCAGCAUCAUGUUCUUCCUGAUGUGUAAAUGUAGCCAUUGGGAUAAGAAGCUUACCUACAGUGUUGCUGCUAUGUUCAAAUACAUGCAUAUAUAUAUAUAUACAUAUGUAUAUAUAUUUGCAGUUGAGGAUAUUGACUAGUGCUUCUCAUGAUGUAAUUUGUUUUUGUUAA